AUGGCCUCCCAACAAGCCGCAAAGCCCUUCCAUAAGAAGAUCUUGGACCCGACCAAGAUCGGGACCUGGAAAGUCGCUCGCCGUCCGCCGAUUGAGAACCACAGCCUGAUCCAGGGCAAGUCGCGUGAACAGAACUCCAAUGCCUUCAAGGAUCAUCAGUCGAAGGAGGGCACUCGGCUACGAAAGGCCCUGAACGCCAUCACCCAUGGCAAGAACAUCUUCGUCUAUCAUAACAUCCGCACCAACCAGGUGGUGUAUUCGUUGACGCGGUAUCUCGAGAAAAACAGCGUCCUCCGUCAACUCGUCUACCACGGCAAGAAGACCGUCCCCGCCUCCCUCCGAAAAGAUAUGUGGGUUCCGUACUACUCGGUGCACUUCAACGACUCCAAGAUCGGUCUUCGCGCGUACCACCUGCUCCGAGAAUUCUCCAUGCAGCGUCAGCUGUCCCCGCCCCGCGAAAUGAUCACCAUCGAUGAAAAGUACCUCGACCAGAAGCGGCCCCGGGACCCCGAGAAGGCCAAGGAGUUCAACGAGAAGUACCAGGGCAAGCUCGGCUGGUUGAUGGAGAAGAAGGACCGCGCCCGUGCCAUGAUGGACCAGAAGGCUACCAGUGUUGCCGAUAUCGCCGCCGUUCUGGAGAUCCAGGAGGGUGAGAUGAAGAACGGCUUUGCCAGUGGCCUGCGUGGCUAUCUCACUCCUUCGGCCCGACGACGCCGGAGACAGGCCCGGCAGAAGGAGCAGCUCAAGGCCGAACAGCAGGCCGGGCGCGUGGCCAGUUUCGAACAGACCUUGAGCACGAACCAGGUCGAGUACAAGAUCGAGGAGAUCGAGGACAAGACGGGGGCUUUGGAGAACAACGGCGUCAAGAUCCUCUGGACUGACAUCCACGAUGCCCGACUGGCCGAGACUUGGUCGGAGCGAGUCCAGCACGGUGAACUGGAGUUGACUCGCGACCAUGUGAUGCCCGGCCAGAAGCCCACCGCUGACCAGGAAGUCCUGGCCGAGGGUGGCUUCAAGGAGAAGCAGGCUUAA